ACUCUUACUACAAAAUCAAAUGUAUUAUGUCCUAUGAAGAAUACUGUUGAGUACAAUACCACCGGUUUUCCAAUAGAUAUUGUGCCCAAUAUUGUCCACUUUGUUCUUUUUAAAGUGCAUGAAAUUGAGUUUGCUCAUUUUAUGUCCAUGGUGUCGUUGCUCAGGAAUCAUCGCCCGGAUCUCAUAUACAUCCACUGCGACUGCACUGAACUAUACGGCGAUAACUGGCAUAGAGUGCAGGCUAUAGCCAAUAGGACAGGCACGAGGCUAACGGUGCGACCCAUAGAGAUGCCGACCCAAGUGUUCGGUAAAAAUCUGAGCGAAGGCUGGCGUUUAUGGCACGCGUCGGACGUGACUCGGAUUCAAGUGCUCCGGGAAUUUGGAGGCAUUUAUUUGGAUCGAGAUGUUUAUGUCAUUAAACCUUUCAAUGAGUUUUUCAAAUACGAAAUGACUAUUGAUUUUCAAAGUAAAAACGAGUUGGGAAAUCAAGUGCUAAUCGCUCAUAAAAAGGCCAGAUUUUUGCGAUUGUAUUACGAGUCGUAUCGUGAAUAUGAUGCCAACGCGUGGUAUAAAAAUUCAGGCAUUCUUCCGGUGCUCAACAUAAUCAACAAACAGCCGCACCUCAUACACAGAAUGGACGGACAGUUUGGUGUCAGACCUAAUGUCUGUCAUAUGCUUUACACAGAGGGUAAUGAGUUGUCAUCCAUUGGCUGGUGUUUAGACGACAAGAAACCUCCGACCUGCCUCGGGUUUAUCUUCGGGCACCAUAUGUCCGGCCCCUCUGACCACCACAAAACUUAA